CCGUGUCUUGUGAGCAGCCCCACCCCGGGCAGGACCCGCCCAUUCCCGCUACGUUAUUGGCAGCCCUUGGUCACGCCCAUCUAAACCACGCCCCCUCAUUGACAGACAGCUGCCUCGGGGCGGGGCUAGGGGGCGGGAGCGCCGGUGCGCCCGCAGAUGAAUGACAGAGAGUGCGGCCAAUCAAAGUCCGCAAAGGCGCCCCGGUGUCCCCGCCCACCGCGGAGAUCCCCGCGCGUCACGUGGAGAGGGAACUGGGCGCUGUGUAUGCAAAUAUAUGCAAAUAGUAUGUUAAUGAGGGGUCUGCGAGCAGUGCGGGCUGACAGCCGGGGAGACGGGGCGGGACGCGGGAGGGGGACACGAGGGUGGGGACACGGGGGGGACACGGGGGACCGAGGAGGGGGACCUGGGGUGAAGCCGUGGGGGCUCGGAGGGACACGAGGAGGUGACACGCGGGGGGUCCUGUGGGGACACGGGGAGCCCCGGUGCACGCCCCGUGUCCCGGGGCGGUCCCGGCCGGUCUCGCCCCACGCCCACGCCCGGUGCCCGUGCGGAAGCGCCGGGCGGCGGCCCCGGGAGCGGCCCGAGCGCAGCCACCGCAGCUUCUGCUUUCGGGGUGCGGGUGACGCCCCCGGCGCCCACGGGGGCGCAGAGCUCGGGGGGGCCUCGCCCCCUCCCGGCCCUGAAAGCGGAACCGGGGCUCCCCGGGCCCGUGCGGGCCCGGUUCCUCUUUCGGAGCGAGGGCGGCCGCGGGGUGACGCGGUGCCCGCUGGGGUCCCCAGGCCAUGGAGCCCCCGCGGCGGGUGCGCCUCAAGCCCUGGCUGGUGGCCCAGGUGAGCAGCCGGCGCUUCCCGGGGCUGCGCUGGCUCGACCCCGAGCACCGCCGCUUCGUCAUCCCCUGGGGACACGCCACCAGGAACCCCCCGGGGCCCCAGGACCACGACACCAUCUUCAAGGCGUGGGCGCAGGAGACGGGCCGGUUCCGGGCCGGGGACCCGCCGGACCCCCCGCGCUGGAAGGCCACGCUGCGCUGCGCGCUCAACAAGAGCCGCGAGUUCCGGCUGCUGGUGGACGGGCCCCGCGGCUCCCCGGCCCAGCCCUUCCGCGUCUACGAGCUCUGCGAGGAGCCCCCCGGGGGCGCAGCCCCUCUCAACCUUGCAGACGGGGGAGACGAGGAUGACUAUGGCUGCAGCGGGGAGGAAGACGUCAGCCAGCUCCACAAGAUGACAUCCCUGAGCAUCCAUGACACGCAGCACGGGGGAGACCUGCUGCCCCCCUACCCCUGGGCCAAGGAGGAGGCCCCCCCCUUUGCUGGCCACUGCCCCCCCGGGGGGCCCUUUGGGCCUCCCCCCCCGGCCCUGCUCCAGGGGGAGGCGGGGGGCACCCACGGGGGCCCUGAGCUGCUCCCCGGCGCCCUCGCUGAGAUGGGGCCCCCCCUGGGCCCCCCGGGGCCCUCAUCCACCUGCCCGGUGGCACCGACGGAGCACCUGAUCCCCGACCUGCUCGUCAGCCCCCACACGCUGCCACUGACUGACCUGGAGCUGAAGUUCCAGUACCGGGGCCGCCAGGUGUGCGCCCUGACCGUCAGCAACCCGCACGGCUGCCGGCUGUUCCACAGCAGCCUGGAGCCCACGAGGGAGCAGGAGGAGCUCUUCGGGCCCCUGACGCUGGAGCAGGUGCCCUUCCCUGCUCCCGACGCCAUUCCCAACGAGAAGCAGCGCUUCUACACCCACCAGCUGCUGGACGUGCUGGACCGAGGGCUCAUCCUGGAGCUCCAGGGCCAGGACCUCUUUGCCCUCCGGCUCUGCCAGUGCAAGGUCUUCUGGACGGGGCCGUGCGCCGCUCCCCAGCCCGGCCCCAACCCCAUCCAGAGGGAGAGAAGGACCAAGCUCUUCAGCCUCGAGGGCUUCCUCAACGGCCUCAUCCAGUUCCAGAAGGGGCAGACCCCCACCCCGCCCCCCUUUGAGAUCUUCCUGUGCUUCGGCGAGGAGUGGCCGGACCAGAAGCCCAAGGAGAAGAAGCUGAUCACGGUGCAGGUGAGGGGCCGUGCCGGGGGCUCGGGCGGGGUCCCUGCCGCGGUGACGCCCUGCGCUCCCGCAGGUGGUGCCGGUGGCGGCGCGGCUGCUGCUGGAGAUGUUCUCCGGGGAGCUCUCCUGGUCGGCCGACAGCAUCCCGCUGCAGAUCUCGCACCCCGACCUCAAGGACAGGAUGGUGGAGCAGUUCAAGGAGCUGCACCAGCUGUGGCAGAGCCACCAGCGGCUGCCGCCGGCGCAGCCCCCGCCCGGCCCCUCCGCGGGGCCCUGGGCGCUGCCCGGGCCCCUGCCCCACUGACAGGGAGCGGGGACAGCCGUGGCACUGCCAGCCGGGGUGAGUCACGCUGUGGCCAUCUCGGCUGGUGGGCCGGUCCACCCAGCACCGUCCUCAUCCCUGUCCCUGUCCCCCCAGAGCUGCCAGUGACCAGCACCAGGGCGCUCUGCAGGGGAAGGGCACUGUGACCCCCCACCCUCCCUGCAUUGCAAGGAUAAUCCCCCUGGGACUUUCGGGGGAAACAGCAAGAAAACGGGCUGGGGCCACCUUGGACCUGGAGCCCCCAGGGAUGGGGGGUACCCAGCACUGGGGGGGGCACAAAGCAGCCCCAGCCCUGGGAGGAGAACCAGAGGGACCUUGGGAGGUUUUAAUUUAUUUUUUCAGUUUUUUGUUGUUUUUUAUUGUUCUCGAGAUGGCUACACACCCCCGGAGGGAACCGCAUGCGCCCGCCCGCCCUGCCCGCACUCGAGCCACCGCCUCCUACCCCAAAAUCAAACCAAAGAAAACCCCGAAAAAGGGAAAAAAAAAACCAGAAAAAAACCAAACAAGAAAACA